AUGAGCAGAGUAAGAACCCCGGGACCUCGCCUCGUCCUCCCUCCCAAAUCUCGGCUUGACUACCUGGCUGGGGCAAGCACCGACCUUAUUGCAAUUCCACAGCCGGACAACCUUAUCCCCACGGAGGGUAUGUCGCAACCUACACCUCCCUCUUACGAACAAUACCCGGUGUGUCCGCUAGGGGGGACUCCCCAAACACCUGGGGUGGGCUUCAUCGACGGGUUCUCUAGAACCUGGUACUCUUCGCAGAAGACGGGGUCUAUCGUGCUUGUAUCGCAAUGGUUCCUCUUCUACAUAAUCUGGUUGGGGGUGCCGUCUCUGCUUUUCCUACUUGUGAGAUUGGGAUUUGGGAUUUGGGGGUGUUGGAAGAUGUAUGGGAAGGAGGUGGAUAUGGGGGAGGGGAGUUCUUUGGCAGGGAGGGAGGUACCCCGCCUUCGUCUACCGGAGAGUGGUGGGGAGAGUGAGGAUGAGAAUACCGAGAAUGGUGUUUUUAAAAAUAGUACGGGAGAUGUUACCGAAGUAGGGUCGGGGAGUGGUUUGGAGGAGGAAGAGGGCACAAGAACUGAUCGGGUUGAGAGGGAAGUAGGAUGUGGGGAAGUAAAGGAGAAGGAAGAGGCGGGGUUGGGGGAGGUAUGCGGAGAAGGAGCCGAAGAGAUGAGAGAGGAAGAGGAGCAUGAGGAAGAGAUGGUAGAAGCAGGUGAGAAACAGGGUGGGAAUGGGGAAGAACCUGAUAGAGGAAAUAUACGUGGAACCGGGGCCGGAGAGGAGGGGGGGAUGAGAAUGAGGAGGGGCAUGGGAACAGGGGAGGAGGUGAGAGUAAGAAUGUGAAGGAAAAUGUGAGAGGGGAAAGGACUGGGAACAAAGAGGGCGCAGGGAAUAAGAGUGAUGAGAACAGGGAGGAGGGUGAGAAUGGAGGGGGCGAGAAUGGAGAGGGUAAGAAUUGGGAAGGGAAGAAUAGGGAAGGGGAGGAGACUGGGAGGAGUGAGGAGAAAGAUGGGAGGAGUGAGGAGAAAGAUGGGGAUAUGGGGAAAGAUGGAAAUAGGGAGGGAGCUAGGAUUAAGAGAGAUGGCAAUGGGGGGGAGGAGGACCUGGAGGAGGGCGGGGCCAGAAAGAGUGAUGAGGUGCCCGUGACCGAGGGCACUCUAGGAGAAUAUGGGGAUAAUGUUAAAUCGAAAGAAAAUACAGAAGAGGCCAUAACAAUGGCAAAGGGGAUUUUGGGCGUGAAGGUGGGUGGGGGGGUGGAAGAGGGGGAAGAGGACGAAGGAGGAGUGGUAUUGCCUAUUGAGCAAUACAUGUUAACGAAAUAG